CCGAUCCACACGUUUCUCAUCUCACCCUCCCCGCAUGGUUUCCACCGUGUGGGUCAUGUGAUUGCCUGCUGUCUGUGCCCAGCCCCGGCCAGCCGCGAGCAAGAAAGAAGAGCAUCCUUCAGCUGGGCACUUACAGACGGGAUGUGCACCUGUCGAGUGAACAGUCUGCAGCCAAACCAGGCCAAAACACGCCGGUGAAAUAGACCCCAUAACGCCAUACAGGCUGCGUGUGGUGAUGGGUACACUUCGGGACCUCCAGUUUGCCUUGCAACUAAAGAUUGAGGAGCUUCGCCAGAGGGACACGCUGAUAGAUGAGCUGGAGCUUGAGCUGGACACGAAGGAUGAACUCAUCCGGAGGCUGCAGGAAGAACUAGACCGCUACAGAACCACUGUCUCCCUCCCAGGAGCCUCUGCAGUCAGUGCAUGUCAAACUGAUGACAACAAGAGACCCAGAAGGCAGACGGUGAUUUGUGAGCCCCUCACUCUGGACCCAGUGACUCUCGCCUUGGUUUCACAGAGAAGCUGUGACAAAAGCCACGAGUCCCAGAGGCUGAUUCGGGCAUCAUUUCUGAGAAACGACUUGCUGAAGCACCUUGAUGAAGGAGAAAUCAGAGCCAUCAUCGCCUGCAUGCAUUCCACCACCAUCAAUCAAGGCUGCUAUGUUAUUCAGGAGGGGACCGCUGGGGCUCAGGCUUACGUUUUGGAAGAAGGGAAGCUGGAAAUGAUGAAAGAUGGACUGAAGCUGCUCACAGUUGAACCAGAAGACUUGUUUGGAGAGCUAGCGCUCCUUUACAACUGCACCCACACCUACUCUGUGUCAGCACGAACGGACAGCAGGCUGUGGGUUGUGGAUCGCAACAGCUACCAGACCAUACUCAUGCAGAGUGGUCUCAAGCACCUUUCCCAUUCAGUGGAGCUUCUUAGCAGCAUUCCCUUCCUCCAGUCGCUCCCAGCAGAUGUCCUCAUGAAAAUGUCGGAUCUCAUGGAAGAGGUACACUUGAAGUUAUUUAACUGUGAAGCACACUGGUGUAUCCAGCUAAUGGAUGAGACACAUUACGCCGACGGCGACUACAUCAUUCGACAAGGGGCCACAGGAGACACUUUUUAUAUCAUCAGCAAAGGCCAGGUGAAAGUGACUGAAAAGGGGCAAGAGCAGGAAGAACAGGUAGUUCUUUCUAAGCUCUCUGAGAGACAGUGGUUUGGAGAAAAGGCUCUGUGGGGAGAGGACAUUCGGACUGUGAGUGUGAUAGCUGCUGGAGAAGUUACGUGCCUGGUAAUAGACAGAGACACCUUUAAGAGCAUCAUUGAUGGGUUGGCACCUGAUUGCAGUCAAGAGGAGCAACAAAACGAUGAACCUGAAGUCGACAGCUCAGAUGUGGAUCCUGUCCUCCUGUCUACUUCCACCUUAAGUGAUUUCCAGAUUAUCUGCUCUUUGGGGGUCGGGGAGUUUGGUCACGUAGACCUGGUGCAACUGAAGAGCAAGACAAAGUGUCCUUUUGCCAUGAGGGUCCUCAAGAAGAAGCUGAUUGUCAGCAGUGGCCAACAAGAGCACAUCCGGAGAGAAAGCCACAUCCUAAUGGAGACCCACUGUUCGUUUAUAGUCAGGCUGCACAAAACCUUUAAAGAUGCAGAGCAUCUGUACGUUUUGACAGAAGCUUGUCUUGGUGGAGAUUUAUCUAAUCUACUCAAAGACAAAGGAUAUUUGGAUGAAUGGAGCACCAGGUUCUACACAGCUUGUGUUGUAAAGGCCUUGUCCUUUCUGCACUGUCAUGGUGUCAUCUAUAGGGACCUCAAGCCUGAACAUGUUCUUCUGGAUGAGCACGGUUAUGCCAAGCUGGUUGGCUCCAGGUGUCUAAAGAAGGUUGAGGUGGGUAAGAAAACAUGGACGUUUUGUGGUACGCUGGGCUACAUGGCACCUGAAAUCAUCUCAAACAAAGGCCACAACAUGUGUGCAGACUUGUGGUCGCUGGGUGUUUUUGUGUUUGAACUUCUGAGUGGUAGGCUCCCAUUCAGCCAUUCUGACCCGCUGAAAAUUCUCACUGCAACAAUUCGUGGCAUCGACCAGGUCGACUUCCCAAAAACCAUCAGCAGAAGUGCCUCCAGUCUCAUAAAGAAACUGUGCAGGAGCAAUCCCUCAGAGAGACUGGGCAGUCAGAGAAAUGGGGCCAGGGACAUUCAGAAACACAAAUGGUUUGAAGGAUUCAACUGGGACGGACUUUGUGAAAGGACAUUAACAGCCCCGGUUAUUCCCAAAGUCAAGCAUUCUUUGGGAAGCGGGUCGUUUGGUGUUUAUGCCGAGGACUCGGUGGAGCCGUGCACAGACUGGGAUGAUUUCUGAGGGAUUUCUAUGAACCGGAAAUAAAAUCCUGUCAGACACUACUUCAGGUUUAGUCUCCAUGAAUAAUUGACUACCCACAGACUUACUGCCAUUAAGAAUUUAUUACAGUUUAAGACAAAAAAUAUUUUCCGCUGUAACACUUGAUGCAGCUUUUGUUUGAUAAGUGAAUCAUGCUGCCUGCUGUGCUAAGCCAAGACUGUUUUUUUCUGUGUAUCUGCAUAAAACCUUUACACAUUUCCAAACAUAGCCUAUAACUGGAGUCACAUCGAAUCCGAUAAACAAUAA